AUGGCUUGUCCUAAAUCUUUUACUAAAAAUGGAUUUGAAAAACAAUUUGGUAUUAAUCAUUUAAGACAUUUUGCCUUGACUAUUGGACUUUUACCCGCGUUGAAAGAGGGCGCAAAACAAAUGAGUAACAAAUCUAGAGUAAUCAAUGUCAGUUCAACAGCGCAUGCGUUUUCAAACGUUGAUUUUAAUGACAUCCAUUUCACAAAAGGUAGAGAAUACGAAAGAUUUGUUUCGUAUGGACAGUCAAAAACAUGCAAUUUUUUGUUUUCAUUGGCUUUGACAAAACGGUUUUUCAACGAUGGUAUUGCAUCGAAUUCAGUUAUGCCUGGAAAUAUCAAAUUUAAGUUAGUUGAGGCGGGAGCCUCAACAUCACUUUGGGCUGCAGUAUCUCCAGAAUUAGAAGGAAAAUCUGGUCUGUAUCUGGAGAAUUGUUCCAUUGGCAAAGAAGAAUCAGACAUUGAAAAGAUACGGACUAUAAUCUUAGGUUAUGCACCAUUUAUUAUGGAUGAUGAAGCUGCUAUGGAACAUUUCCGAAAAGCUGCUAAGUAA